AUGACUUUUCUCACUCUUUCAGUCCCAGGUGCUGGCGGUGGUCGCAGCAGCCCUGAUCCCUCUCUUCCAACUCAGUUGUCUCUUAUAGACUGUCCCAACCUUACACCGGAGAUACCCGACAAUCAAGAAGACGUCAUGUCUACCACCAACGAAUCCUCUUCCGAACCAGAUGCAAUUCCCCCAAUCCAGUUCCAAGCCCUUCGUGCUCGACAAUACCUCAGAAAGCACUACACUCUCGGCAAGGACUCAAAUUAUGGCCAAAACUUUUACCGCAACUGGGAAACAGUCAAGCAUUGCUUCAGCUUUCUCAUCAUACUGGCGAACUUGUACAAGGAAGACGAAUAUGAAGAAGAUUGGCCCCUGGAGUGGAAUGAUGAUUGUGCCUUGACUUUCUUCCUCGCCGGGACUGCUGCAUCCUGGACACUUGAACUUUCGAAUGCAGAAAGGGAAGAGGUUAAAAGACUAUCUCACGCUAUGGCUGACCUGAUCACUGUUGAUUGGAGCGAUACGGAAGCUUUGGAGGUGUGUCAGGAUGAAGUUGCAGAUAUCCUUGCGAGUAUUACUCCUGUUGAGGAGGCGGACAUACCAGAUGAUUACUGA